AUGCAGGAGCGGGCCAAUAAGAUCCUGUUGAUGUUGUUCACGCUGGAGAUGCUGUUAAAGAUGUACAGUUUCGGUUUCCAGAUCCACUUCAUGGCUCUGUUUAACCGCUUCGACUGCUUCGUGGUGUGUGGUGGCAUCCUGGAGACAGUCUUGGUAGAGUUGCAAAUCAUCCCUCCCAUCGGCAUCUCUGUGCUGCGCUGUGUCCGCCUGCUCAGGGUGUUCAAAGUGACACGGCACUGGGCAGCCCUAUCAAACCUGGUCAAUUCCCUGCUCAACUCCAUGAAGGCUAUCUGCUCCCUGCUGCUCCUGCUUUUCCUCUUCCUCAUCAUCUUCUCCCUGCUGGGGAUGCAGCUGUUUGGGGGCAAGUUCAACUUUGAUGAGACUCAGAUGAAGAGAAGCACGUUUGACACUUUUCCCCAGGCCCUGCUCACCUGCUUCCAGAUCCUUACAGGAGAGGACUGGAAUGCUGUGAUGUAUGAUGGGAUCAUGGCUUAUGGCGGGCCAGUCUUCCCACAGAUGAUUGUGUGUGUCUACUUCGUCUCCCUCUUUGUUGUCGGCAACUAUAUCCUGCUCAAUGUCUUCUUGGCUAUCGCUGUGGACAACUUGGCAGGUGGCGAUGGUGGAAAAAAGCAAGUAGAGUAA